UUUAAUUGUAUGGAACUUUCAUACUCAAUGAAUCACAUGAUCAUCAAAGUUAGAAAACAAAAACAGACUCAGAAGAACACAAAUCCCUUGUCAAUUUUCUCCAUGAAAGCAAAACAAGUCUUUAAGCAGCAUGAACAACAAAUCACCAAAAAAUAUUUUCCAGGCUUUCACUAAGCAUUUCAGAUUCCACUCCAAAAAGGAGGAACAGGGAGAUGAAAUGGAAAAGAUUGCUGCCCAGGAGCAAAAGGUGUUUGCUUUUGAGACUUUAGUUUCUGCUACUAAAGAUUUUCACCCUGAUCGCAAACUUGGGCAAGGAGGGUUUGGUCCUGUUUUUAAGGGGAAAUUGAGUGAUGGGAGGGAGAUUGCUGUUAAGAAACUUUCUCAAAAUUCCGGUCAAGGAAAGAAAGAGUUCAUGAAUGAGGCGAAAUUGCUGUCUCGUGUACAGCAUAGAAACGUUGUUAGUUUGUUGGGAUAUUGUUCACAUGAAGAAGAGAAGCUGCUUGUGUAUGAGUAUGUAGCGAAUGAGAGUCUUGACAAGUUUCUUUUCAAUUCAGGAAGACAAGGAGCUCUUGAUUGGAAGAGGCGGUAUGACAUAAUAUCAGGUGUUGCUAGAGGUUUGCUCUAUCUUCAUCAAGAUUCGCACAUAUGCAUCAUCCACCGGGACAUAAAGGCCAGCAAUAUUCUACUAGAUGAUAAAUGGAUACCCAAGAUUGCAGAUUUUGGAAUGGCACGACUCUAUCCUGAAGACCAAACACAUGUUAACACCCGUGUAGCUGGUACCAAUGGGUAUAUGGCUCCGGAAUAUGUUAUGCAUGGCAAAUUAUCAGUCAAGGCAGAUGUUUUUAGCUUCGGUGUUCUAAUUCUGGAGCUCAUUAGCGGUCAAAAGAAUUCCACUUUUAACCAAGAUUCAAGCUCUCAGAAUUUGUUGGAUUGGGCAUACCAUCUUUACAAGAAAAACAAAACCCUGGAGAUUGCAGAUCCUGUUUUAGCAUCUUCAGCAGAUCCUGAUCAGGUAGCAAUGUGCAUCCAAAUCGGAUUACUAUGCGUUCAAGCUGAUCCGUCUUUACGCCCUACUAUGCAUCAUGUCAUUCUCAUGCUGUCAAAGAAGCAUGGAGCACUAAACGAACCAACAAGACCAGGAUAUCCUGGUUCAAGGUACCGAAGGUCUCGCAGGCCUAAUGCUUCAUCUUCUACGCCUGGAACUAGUGGCCGAGACGACUCUCAAUCUUAUUCAACUACAAAUAGCAAUAGUGCUAGUGCUAGUGCAGGAGCAAGUGCAAGCACCUCAGGAACUAGAUCAGAUUCUCGUGGUAAAAGACCCAUGGAAAGUUGGAACAAUUAGUAGUAUAUUAUUUCUCUUAUCCUUUUAUGUACAUUGUGAUUAAUAUUGAAACAGGAAACUAGAGUUGUACUAGAGUUGUUUAGUUAUGAAGUAUAGUUUUGACUGUGUAAAUGGGAAAUGGUAUAAAGGGGUGCUGAGAACAAAAAUCGGUUUGAGAAAUA